AUGGUGGCGCGGGCGCUGUGGGCGCUGCUGGCGGCGCUGCGGGCGGGCUGGUGCCUCCUGCCGCAGAGCGGGUACCUGCACCCCGACGAGUUCUUCCAGGCACCCGAGGUCAUGGCAGGAGAUAUUUUAAACCUACAGGUCUAUUAUCCAUGGGAGUUCCUUUCCAGCUCUCCUUGCAGAACAGUUGUUUUCCCAUUAAUGACAUCAGGAAUUACGUACUGGCUGAUCAAGUCUUUGCAGCAGUUGGACAUAUGUUCAAGUUGCAUCAACAGCUACACUCUCCUUGUAUCUCCUCGCCUGCUCUUUACAAUCUUUUCUUUCAUACUCGACUAUAGUGUUUAUCGAUUGGCCUCUUUCUGGGGAGCAGAUCCGUGGAAAGCGCUGGUACUUCUUGCUGGAUCAUAUGUCACGCUGGUGUUUUAUACAAGAACAUUUACCAACACACUCGAAGGACUUCUCUUUGCUCUUCUCAUGGUACUGGUUUCUUCAAAGAAGCCUAGUGGCAGCUCAGCAGAGCCUACAAGCAGCUCUCUCAUAGGGGUCAUAACAACUGCUGGGUUUUUCAACAGGCCAACCUUUCUGGCAUUUGCUCUAAUGCCCCUGCUUUACUGGGCCAGUUUAAUUGUUGACUCUCAGAAGAGCAUUAAAACUCUCAUAAAUCACUUUUUGAAGUUUAUCCUAUGUGCAUGUUUUACCGCUUUUGUUUUCAUAACUGCUGACACCUUCUAUUUUACCUCCAUAAGCUUAGACAACCUCUACAGCACUAACAAGAGCAGCCUAUUUGAUGUAAUAGUUCAAUUACACGACAAAAUGGUAGUAACCCCCUUCAAUUUUCUCAGCUAUAAUCUUAAUCCUCAUAAUCUUGCACUGCAUGGAACUCACCCGCGAGUUACACAUUUUACAGUCAACGGAGUAAUGCUGUUUGGGAUCUUACAUAUUCUGGCCAUUGGUGCAGGCUUUAAAAUGCUAAAGAAAUACGUCCAUCAGUUAAUGCUGGUCAGAUGGUGCUACCGUGGGCCUCCUGGGUUGUUGUAUUCCGAGGGCAGUCCAACAUUGCUGCUGUUUUAUUUUGUUCCUUUGGCAUUUCUCUCUCUGUUCAGUCACCAGGAGCCUCGGUUUCUCAUCCCUCUCAUCCUGCCAUUGGUCCUGCUCAGCGCGUCACCAAACAGAGCUGUAAAAUGGAAACUCCUCAUUGUUCUGUUCAACCUUCUGGGGGCACUUCUCUUUGGAUGUUUACACCAGGGAGGGCUCAUUCCCUGUUUGUUUCACUUGGAGCAGCUCAUCCAUUCUCCAGCGUCCUCAAGCCAUCCGCGGCACUACACUCUGCUCUUUGCGCACACCUACAUGCCUCCAAGGUCUCUGCUCAAUAUCAAGCAGACAGACAUGCAUGUGGAAAUCAUUGACAUGGCUGGGGCUGGAGAAGAAACCCUUUGCCAGACAGUAGAGCAGCGAGCAAGCAAUUCUACCUGCAGCGACUGUCACAUCUUUAUUGUAAUCCCUGGUACAGUCAGAGCCACAAUUACAAAAUGUGGUGUCUCAUUUAAGAACGAGACUUUGAUAUUUCCUCACUUAUCAAUGGAAGACCCACCACAAAUACCUGUCCUAUCCAGUGGAAAUUGGAGGAGUCAGUUAGGACUUUACAUCCUUGAGCUAAACAGAGAUCAUCAGACCCUUUAG